CUGUAUUGUGUCAACAGCCAAAUGUUUCUACAAGACUAUCAAAGCUGGUUUUAUCCUCAUUUGUGAACUCAUUUAUCCAUUCACAAGAUUUUGCCGGGGUCUUCGACUGCGUCAGAUUGAUCUGAUGGCUGAUGGUGUUGCACACAGUUCGGCUACUCUUUCCAAAAUGGCAAAGAAGAUUAGAAAGGUGUGCACAACAUCUUUGAAAAGAAUGAAGUUGAGAAAGACAUUAAAAAUUGGUGGACAUUCAAACAAUCGAUUUGUGGUCAUUGAUGAGUCAAAAUUCAUCCAUAAACGAAAGUACAACCGUGGAAGAUUUGGGGGCACUUGGGCAAGGAAGGGCUGGGUGUUUGGAAUGCUGGAAGUGCACCGACAGACCAGAAGACCAAUUCUAAAGUUAGUGAAGACCCGCGCUCGAGCAACACUGAUCCCCAUCAUAGAGAAGCAUGUACGAUGCAACUCAAAUAUAUAUAGUGAUUCCUGGAGAGCUUAUGUGAAUGCACUCAAUCCAAGAGGUUACCGCCAUUUCCCAGUCAACCACCGGUACCAUUUUGUUGACCCUUUGACAGGGAGUCACACUCAACACAUUGAGCGAUUCUGGAGGACUGUUAAGGAACAAAUUUGGAGAGUGAGAGGAAACAGGAGUGAAAAGUUGUUAAAGACUCACUUGAAAGUGAUUGAGUGGACUUACUGGUUAGGGAAAAGGAAUGCAAAGGGUGUUUUUGCACAGAUGGUUCACGAUAUUGCAAAAACGUACAAGGUUUAAGUACACAGGGACUCAGAAAUGUGUGUGUUAUAUUCUCUGUUCUGUAUGCUUUGUUAAAUUAAAUAAACCGUACAUGUUGUUUGUUCCUAAA